AUGAAGACUGGGGUGGAUGACUGGGACGUGCAGGGUGAGGCGGUGACACGUGGGUUAAAGGGCCCUGGCAGGCGGUCUCGGGCAGAGGAAGUGGAGGCGUCGCUGAGCAACCGUCGGGGCGGGAGGGGUCGGAUCAAGGGGGAAGAGGAGCGCGAGCUGUCCCCGGGGCAACCAGCGCGGGCGGUUGAGACCGGCGGCCGUUACCGGGGCAACAGCAGCGCGGGUGUGUGUGUUGGGGGGGGAAGCGGCCUGGGGUCGGGGGGAGCGGCGGAGUCGAUGCCUGACUCGGAGGCGGCGGUGAUGAGGGAGCAGGCGCUGGUGCUGGCCCGGGACUACCUGCAGCAUACCCUGAGCCCGAGCCGGGGGCAGAGGCCGCCCAACAAGGCGGCCUUCACCCUGCGCAAGGUCGCCGACCAGAUGGUGGAGCAGCACCAGGCCGCCUUCAGCAGCAUGAAGAGCCGCCUGGAGAACGGCCUGCAGUUCUGCGCCGUGUCGCGGAGCGGGGCAGCCGAGCCCGAGAGACAGGCGGCGGCCGAGGACACGGCGGCGGCAGCGGCCAGCUUCCUGCAGCGGGUGGUGGAGGAGAUGUCGGCCGACGAGAAGAUGAACUGGGGCCGGGUGGUGAGCAUCUUCGCCUUCGCCGGCGUGUUGUGCCGCCACCUCAGGGACUCGGGUAUCGACAUGUGCCCCGAGGCUGGGCCCGGCCCUCUGGACACGCUGGCGGAGUGUGUGGCCAACUACCUGGGCAAGGAGCGGCGGGAGUGGAUCGAGCAGAACGGUGGCUGGGAAGGAUUUCUCAGAUUCUUCAGCAGCGAUGACCACUGGCAAGAGUCAACAGUACGAAACAUGCUGAUAACGGUUGCUGGCUUUGGUAUAGCUGGAUUAGCCUGCCUUCUUGCCGUCCGAUAAACUGCAUCUAACCAAUCGAACAGCUGCUAACAUCCUAGAAGAUAUAAAUUUCUCAUGCACAAUGUUUUCCAAUUUUAUAUCUCCAUUUUUAUGAUAUUUUGGAUGUUGCCAUCAUAUGGGACAAAGCAGCAAAACAAUAUGGAGAUUCUCAAACUUUUGUCUGCAGUUUGCUAGUGUUAAGUUUGUAUAACGUACACAAACUUUUAUAAUUCAUAUACUGCCUACAGUACAAUGAAGUUUCCUUUAAUAUUUUCAGGAAGCAUUGUAAUAAGAAUUUGGAUUGAAAAGAGGUCUGAUUUGUGGGUUGGUGUGGAAAAUGAGGGGAAGUUUUCGUGCAGAAUUGCACAUCUUUUCUUACAGCCCCAUUCUGAGUAUCACAAAGAAUUGCACUAACCAUUGGAGUAAAUCAGAUAAAGUAAUGUAUAACCCAGUUCAUUUGAAUGCUUUGGUUUCAUGGCAGUGUGUACGUGUGUUUGUGUUAUAGUCAGAAGCCAGCUUUUGUGCCCUGGUUCAAAUUAAACUCAACAAUUUACAAUUUGUUCAGUUAUGGCAACAUGUGUUGUCUGUAUUUUUCUAACUUAAAAGAAAUUGCUUUACCAGAAAGAAAAGCACAUUCUGCCUGAAAAGCUAAAGGCCCCACUGGUGCUAGUUUCUCUUGUCACUAAUUGAAUUGUUAAUGAAGUGCAAGUAUAAAGAUA